AUGCGAAUGACCAAGUGCAUCAUAUUGUUGGCCACCUGUGCCACCAUAGCCUUCUCUGUUACUGUUCACGAUUCCGCUGCCACCGAUGGGCGCAACAGCCUCGGUGGUGUCAUGUCGAUCCAGGCUCACGAGCUCCCUGAAGGUAUUAGCCUCUCCGAUCUUCGCAAAUGUGUUGAGAAUCCCUUCGGCCGUGAGCUUUAUUUAGACGAAGCCUCUUUAGCUCCCUUCGACAAUGAAAACAAAAAGUUCAAAUCAGAUUGA